AUGGACAGUCUGAAGCCUAUAGGUCCAACCCAAGGCCUAGUACGGGGGCUUGGCGUUGAAAAUUUACCCAAAUUGAUCCUGGGUGGUGCUACUCUCAACACGCAGUAUAACGAUGAUCCUGCUUCACUGCCAGUCGUCGAUAUGAUUCGCUUUGCCAUGCAGUUCGGGGUCCGCGCGAUUGACACUUCUCCAUACUACGGAGACAGCGAAGUGCUCUACGGGGCUGCAUUGGAAAGCUUGAAGGAGGAGCUUCCUAGAGAGAACUACUUUAUCUGCACGAAGGUUGGUCGCAUUAGGCUCGAGGAAUUCGACUAUUCACGCAGCCACAUUCAUUUUAGCGUUCUCAGAUCGUGUGAGCGCCUAAAGACUAAGUACUUGGAUGUCGUGUUCCUACACGACGUGGAGUUCGUUGAGACUGAGCAAGUGUUGGAGGCCUUACAGGAAUUGCGCAAGCUGCGAGAUGAAGGCGUAAUUCUGAAUUUUGGCAUCAGCGGGUACCCCGUAGACUUUUUGCUCAAUAUAGCACUCAAAUGCAAGACGCAUCCGCAAAUAGGAGCUCUUGAUGUGGUUCUGUCAUACGCCAAUUUGAAUCUGCAGAACCGUACGCUGCACGAGUAUGCCCCACGCUUCAGAGAGGAGGCGGGAGUCAAAGUGGUCGAGAACGGCUCUAUCUUGAGUAUGUCGCUGCUGCGCUCCCAGGAAACGAAGGCGUUCCAUCCUUGUUCUGCAGAGCUCCGGAAGCUGUCCAACGAGGCUGCUCAGUACGCCGCUUCGCAGGGCGAAGACCUCGCAAGCCUUGCCACCAGAUACGCUUUCAGCGAGUGGGCAGACAAGGGUCCCACAGUGCUAGGAGUUAGCAGUGUCGCGGAGUUGCGGGUAGCGCUGGAGAGCUACACGAUCGUGGCAGACAACCAAGGUAAGCUGAGCGAAAAGGACGCACGGCUGGCGAACGAGAUCCAGUCCCAAAUUUUCGGAGCGCACAUGAACGAGACAUGGUCAUCCGGGAUAGACCACGAAGAGUAA